UAUAAAUAUUCUCAUUACAUACUUCAGCAUGCGCGGAAAUUCGUUAUUCCUUCUGCUGUUGUUUGUCAUCCUGACAAAAGCUUAUGUAAAGUCCUGCAAGUACUGGUGCAAGAUGAACCAUCAUCGAUACUAUUGUUGUCCAAGCGGUGAAAACGAUUUCUCACCGGAGCACGGCUGGCAUUCCAUCUUCUUUCCAUGGUUCUGGUUUGGCAUCGUCGAAUCACACGUCGAACAUCCUUGGCACGAAGUCGAGAUGAAGCCGAAGCCGAAAAAACAAUGCCCGCCCUUGAGGCCCAAUUGUCCCAGGAUGUACGAGUGGUACAAGCCGCCUAAGUUUUGUGACAACGAUCACGAAUGUGAAGAAUGGGAAAAGUGUUGUUAUGAUGUGUGCUUGGAACAUAAGACGUGCAAAAAGGCGGAAUAGAGUUUUUUAUCAUCGUGAUUUCAUGACCUGAUGAUAUUUGCAAUCAAUUCUAAGUUAAAUUAAAUUUUUAUUAUAUUUGAAAAAUUCUAUUUUUAAUUUGAUAUUAUUAUUAUUUUUUAGAAUGGCUAAUUGUAAAUAAAGUAUAAAAUUCUAUAAUAAACGGAAAAUUUUUCCAAAUAAAGAAAAUAUCAAUACAAUAUUUCUACCAAUUAGAAUAUUACAAAACGCGCGCGCAUUACACUUGCGCCAUUUAUUUCUUAAAAUCAUAUAUUAUUUCUCACUCAUCAAUUCUAAAUUUAAAAAUAAAAAUGUUUAUGGAUAACAAAAGUAUAAUCAUAUCUAUGCAAGUAAAUACAAUAUGUCUUUUGAAAAAACAUAUCAUUAUUUAUAUCAUUUUAAAGAUAAAAAG